GUGUCCCUGUGACUUGCCGUCCUCCCCUGUGAUUCAAAUCCCCAGGAUUCUGGGUGCUGGCAGUUUGGCUUUUGCAGCAAUGGAGAACUAUCAGGCAGCCAUGGUGCUAAUGGAGGUAGGGAACAAGGUAGGUCACUAUAACGCCAGACACAACUACUGGAGGCGUCUCCCGCAGCUGGAGGAGAGCUGGGAGAGCCUGGAGAAGGCACUGGAGAGUGCAGAGAAGCGCAGGGUUCCCUUGGACAUCCUGAUGCAUAUUGCUACUGCUGAGGCUUUGCUGGCAGGUGUGAACAGUCUACAGACCUUUUACAAAGAAGUGGUCAAACGAUAUAUGAUAGCACUUGAGAAAUACCAAAGCAGUAAUGAAGAUAAGAGUCAUGCUUUGAAGACAAAAUCAGAUCCCAAGGCAGGUGUGGCAGUAAGGGGGUUGUGUAUAGGAAUGUGUUUUCCAAGACCUGAACAAGUAACGGAUCUUAUUCAAGCCAGCAUUGAAUGUGGACAGAUGACUCACAGAUACCCCACAGGCUACCUUGGAUGUCUCUGCAUGGCGUUAUUCACUUCAUACGCCAUACAAGGGAAGCCAGUGUCCCAGUGGGGCCGGUUGAUGCUGGAAGAACUGCCAAAGGCAGAAGAGUACUGCCAGAAGAAAACAGCCCUCUUUUCAGAUUACAGAGAAAACUGGUUCUACUUUGAAACAAAAUGGCAGUUUUACCUUCAACAGAGGAUGAUUGACAGGGAUGGCUGUGACACAACCUUCUUUCCUGAAAAUUACAACUCCAAAGAAAGAAAUAAGCUGUACAGACGCUGGUGUGCGGAGUCUCCUGGAAGAAAAAAGGGUUUAGAGAUCACAUUGAUGGUGUAUGAUGCUAUGCUUGGCACCGGGAGCAACUGGAACAAGCUCUGUCAAUGGGCCAUGAUUCAUGGAGGUGACAGCGAAGCAACAGGCACAAUUGUGGGCUUCUUGUACGGCCUUCUCUAUGGUUCUUCAGAGGUCCCUGAGUCAUUCCUGCUUAACCUUGGACUAAAAGAUCUGAUGGAAAAAUUAGGACAAGCCCUGUACAAUGCUGCUGAUGGGGAAAGAUCAAAGUUGUGUGAUGAUCCUGUGCCCUCUGCCAAUUUGCGGCAGGUGGUCAAAAGAUUGUCCAGAAAGCGCACAGCUGAUGAAAUCAACAACCUCCUCAACUACAUGGCCCUUGUGGAGAAGAACACAGCAGCCCUACGGGAGAGCAUGUGGCCAGUGAGGGAGGGAGAGGGGGGGCCCAAGACGAUAGGCCUCCAGCCCCGCCCGACCCGCUUCCAGCUCCUCCAGUCCAGGUUCACCAAACUUGGCCUGAAAGACAGACUAGAGAGACUUAUCCUCCCUGAAAAGGAGACUACUGUCUCCAGGGACAGCCAGCUUCCACGUACCACCAAGCAGUCAGAGAUCGAGACAACACAACUGCAACCAUCCGAGAAAAUGGGCCACACAUUGUUCACUGACCCAGGUUCUUCCACCCCGAUUGGCCGGCAUACAGAAGAGCACUCCCUGUCUGAAAGCCAAGAAAGUAAAUACCCAAUUGAUUGCGAUCAAAGAGCAGGAACAAAGGACUCAUCUGUCUGCAGCAAGCUUGCUGGAAGCACGGCAGAAAAGCUGGUGCAUGAACAUUCACAGAAUGAAAACAGCACUAUUAUCCCACCUGCGGGAGGCCCGUGUUAUGCUCCUGAAGCGAUUUUGGUGAAUGUUCUGCAACAAUACCUGGCUCCCCUUGCCAAAGCUUUAGCGUCACCUGUGGAACUGCACCUCCUGCAGAGCAGAGAGGCUUCUGCGGUUCUGAAAGCCUGCAGUGGAAGCAAUCACAACAGCAGGGGGAAAGAGAGUUGUGGUUUUUCAUCACAAACCACACCUGGGGAGCCUGAGGGCUGCAUCAUAAACAAUCCUUCUUUAACAGACAGUGACUGGAUGGACAGAGCAAAGUGGGAGCACACUGCUAGCCAUCACUGCCAUCCAACACAAACAGGUGGAGAGAUACCAAUGCAGGCUCUGAGCAGAAAUGACCUGGCCCUGUCUGUAGGUGCAAGCAGUGACACUGAGGGAGGAGGAGCCUGUAGUGAUGACGAUGACUCCUUCAGUGUGGAUGCCUGUGGAGCCCCACCCUACAUAAGAGCCCUUGGGCUUCUGAGUGAGAUUCAGGGUAAACAGAAUGUUGACAGGUCACCGGCUGUGGUCAGCCAUGCACCGGUGUUGUCUGAAGCACCACUGGCAACUGAGCGCCCCCUGGUGGCCACCAGUGGUGAACAGAUAAACACCUCUGCAUCCUGCCACCUCUCCGCAGAGGAGCAACAGCCUAUAAUGCCAGUGGUCACCCUGACCACACCUGGCGGGUCAAUGACAGGUGCAGAAUCACUCCCUGAAAUGAGUGAGCCAUUUGGGCUUACCAUGCUGUCCUCUCCCUGCGAUACUGAUCCCCACUGCGCAAAGCGGUUCCCCUGGAAGUACAGGACACACUACUAUGCAGAGGCCCUGAGUGUUCCUCAAACCCCCAAAGUCAUAAUGACCAUUGUGAUGCGGGGUGGCAGACUGGUAAAGAUUUCUUGAAUCUCAUCCUUGAAGUGGAUGUCACUAUGCCCAGGGGACAUUUUCCCACUCCAGUAUGUGCAAAGAAUUUACUCCAGCAACCCUUGAUUACUUUUGAGAAAUUUUUCCCACAAUAUUUUGUGUUUUCAAUAAACUGCAGAAAAUAUAGCACUACAUGUACACAUUCACUACAGACCAGAAAAUUAUCCACAAUUGUUCAUUCUGGAAAAAAGUAUACAGUUGUGCAGUUCUCAGUACUUUAAUUGAAAGAAAACACAGGGAGGUAAAGAUACAUUAAUCAAAGAAUGAUAAGAGUUCCUCUCCAGUGCAUACAACAAUUAGUGCGUUAAAGCAUUUUUUUCAGAGAAACACAGUCAAGAGCAUCAGCUUAGCUUCUCUGAUGCAAAACCUUCUUCCCCUGACCAAACUUUCUUCCCACCAUGUAUUAGGAAAAAAUGUGACACACGUAUCCCUUGGUAUCCCCUUAUGCUGAGAACAUUUUCAACAUGAUACACAUGUUUAAAUGUUUUAGAUUAUGAUCACCUUCUGCACAAGCACUAUACAAUAUUUUUGAGCUUGAUUUGGAGAGCCAUCUUGUAUUCCAUGUAGUGGGCAGAGUACAGAGGGUGUUCAGUGCUGUCUGCACAACCCAGGCAGGAGGAGGCUCUGUCUGCUGGCACAUAAAUCCUGUGGCUUCCCCGGCUCCAAGCAGACAGCCUGCAAAUCCACUCAUGCGUUUCAGACGUUGGGGGGAGGGGGGAGUCAAUGGGGACCGGAAUCACUCUUCUUCCCACUUGUAAGUGACAGAGAAAGGGGGAAAGAGAGGCUGGGAGUGGAAUGAAGGAGCCAGGAAAAAGGGGGUGGUGAGAGGUACAAAAGGAUAAGCUGACCGAGAGCGACCAACAAGGGGUUACCAUGGAAACCCAAGACUGAACAUACAGCAAGAUAUGGAGAGACAGCAGGUGCACAUUUGGGAAUUCUGUAUUGAAAACAGACACAGUACAAAGACUUUUUCAUCACAUCCACCAGAAUCAGAUUAGAAAAUAUACAAAUGUGUCUUGCCCUGGCAUGGUUUGUUUAGAGAAGGCAUUUUGUUUGGAAUCUUCAAGGCAUCUGAGCUGUAGUGUUUUGUCAGGGCACAGGCAGCACUAGCUACACUUUUAACAUCUGUACUCUCACUAACCCUUCUAUUGCAUUAAAAAAGGUAUUCCUACAAUUUCUACAGUCA